UCUCACAACAGCAACCCACUCCUUGCUCGAUCUGAAUCUUUCCUGCUUUGUGACAAAAGACAUCCAGGAAAAAAUGAAACUCAAUCGGAUUUUUAUAUUAUUCAUUCUGUUAUUGCUUGGAAUUUUAUUCUAUGGGGCAUCUUACCUGGGUUACAUACAAGAGAGUUACAGAAAACUACAAAUACAGAUAACAGAUCCAAGCAUCAAGACAGUAUUGAUGACAGAGGAGCACAAGGACUUUGGAUUGCGAUCAUCACCAGGGUUUUUGUACAGUCAGCCCAGCCUCCUGGAGGGCAGUCGUACAGAUGUUGUUUCUAUAACACCGUGGUUGGCUCCAAUUAUUUGGGAAGGAUCCUUUGAUUCCACUCUAAUAGACUCUAUUUACAAACAACAAAAUAUCACCAUAGCGACCACAGUCUUCGCUUUGGGAAAAUACACACGUUUUCUUAAAGAAUUUCUGGAGUCAGCAGAGCAACAUUAUUUUGUUGGAUUUCGAGUGCGUUAUUACCUGUUUACAGAUCAACCAGAAGAGGUUCCUGAAAUAAAGUUGGGUGAAGAACGUUAUCUUACGAUACUGAAGGUCCCAAGUUUGGACAGAUGGCAAGACAUCAGUAUGGGCAGGAUGGAAAUAUUGGAAAAACUAACCAAGAGCGAAGUGGCCAAUGAGGCAGACUACAUUUUCUGCCUUGAUGUGGACACAAAGUUCUAUGGCCCCUGGGGUGUGGAGACUUUAGGUCGUCUAGUAGCUGUGAUACACCCUUGGUUCUAUGAUUAUCCACGGGACCAAUUCACAUAUGAACGUAGGCCAGAGUCACAAGCAUUCAUUCCAGUUGGGGAAGGGGAUUAUUAUUACACUGCUGCUGCUUUUGGUGGCUUAUUCAAAGAAGUUCAUGAACUCACCAAAUACUGCCGUGAACGCCAGAGCAUUGAUGCAUCUAAGGCCAUUGAGGCAUUAUGGCACGAUGAGUCUCACUUGAACAAGUACUUACUUUAUAAUAAACCCAGUAAGCUGCUCUCACCUGAAUAUCUGUGGCGGGACAUCAGUAGCAGCACCAGACAUGUGAAAGUCAUUCGCUUAUCUCACGUAGCUAAAAAUAAUGUGGAGGUUCGCCCAAAUGCAUAGCAACUUUCGCCAAUGACAUUAAAUAGCCACGUGGACAUGUUGUGUGACCUCACAUGCCUGAAAUGCAUUGUGAAUCUCGGAUAUAUCAACGGGUAAAACUGAUAACAGGGAAGGCACAGAAAUAUUAUAAAGACAUUCAUGUGGACAAUUAUGUUAUGAAGUACCAAGAACCGAAUCUGCCUUGAAUAGACAAACAUGCUAAAUUGUUUUGUAACUGUUUUCUUUGUGUAUUAUUUUUCAAUUCAUCGUGCAACUAAAACCACUCUGAAUUUCUUCCUCUUGGUUUUAUGCAUUUGAUUUAGCCUGCCUUUAAAUUUUAUGAGUUUCUUUUUUAUUUAAUUUUUCAUGUCCUUCUUUAUAAAUAAUCUGGGAUCUGCUGGGUUUCUAGCUGUUAUAGUCAUAUGAAGGAUGUAUGUGUAAAAUGAAGGGUUUAUUUUGAGGAACUUCAGGGAGGGAAUCCUUUUUAAUCACUCUGGUUUUUGGAAUUAAACUACAUUAAACAAACAAGUAAUAUUUAAAACAAUAAACCUCAUGAGCUUUUGUUGUUUGUUCUUUUGACACUUUCUUUGAAUAAUAAGGAAAUUACUCCUAUAAAGAGAAAGAUUUCAGUCCCAUAUGGCUUUCUUUCUUCUGUGAAACAAAAAAUUUGAUGUUUGGUAAAAUGUCAGCCUCAGUCAAUCUUUCACUUUCAUUGAAUCUUUUUUUCCCUCCAUACAAUGAAAGUGAAUGGUGAUGACUGAGUCAAAAACAUGUUUUCCACAAAAGAACGAAAAACAGACAGGUUUGGAACAACAUAAGGGCAAGGAGGGGCAGUAUAGGGUCAGUUGAUAUUCAGACCUCCAUGGAUACCUAUGGGGUCAUGAGAUGAAAUAUCGAAUUCUAAUACAGUUUAUAAUUUUUUUAUAUAAUGUUUUAAUGUUUUUAAAUGUUUCAUCAGUGGGGUGUAAUUUAUAAAGUAAAUCUUUAAAUAUUACUGAAACUAAAAGGUCACACUUACCUUUUUUCUCAGCUUCAGAUACGCUCAAAGAUCAGAAGUUGAUUUUAAAAAGACACAAUUUUUAUCCCUUCGUAGUUUAGAAGAAGAAGUUUUAUUUAAAUAGCACUAUUAACAAAGCUCAAGGUCGCUUUACAAUAAGUACAUACAGAAAAUACAUUGCAUAACAUGAUAAAUUAUACAAGAUACAUAUAAAUAAAAAUAAGUUUACUUAUAGUGUACUGCAAAUAGAUUCAUUUUCAGCUGGGUCUUGGAAGUGGAUAUAGAGGAAAUAUUACGAAGAGUAAGGGGUAAUACGUUCCAUAGCUUAGGAGCAACAACACAAAAUUACCUUCCACUUACAGUGGACAAUCAAGAUCAAGGAGCAAACAAAAGAUAAAGUUCAGAAGAUCUAAAAUACAGAGUAGGCAAAUAAGGUGAAGUAGAUCAGACAAAAAAAAACCAGGGCUAGUCUGCAACAGGUAGCCAGUGGAGAACAUGCAGAAGAGGGGUAAUGUGGGCAGAGCCCCUUGUGAAGGUGAGGUGAGGACUCAUGCAGCUGCAUUUUGGACAUACUGUGGUCUUGCAAUUUGAUGUAUUUUUUUAUUUUAUUUUAUUUUUUUUUUUUGGUGAGCCAAGAAAUUAGAAGAUAAUGGCAAACAUUGUCAAACAAAGAAUGUUUGUAGACAAAGAUUAGAUAGACAGGAGUGUAAGGCUAUGCCAAGUGAACUGUAACCCAGCACAUCCACAUGGAACAACAAGACACUGGAAAAACAAUGCUCAAAUUCUCUCACAAGUAAAGUCAAGUAAGAUAUAUGUGAACAUGUAACAAAGAAAACCAUGAAAACAAAUAAUGUAACUAGGCAUACUUGACAUCAUUUAAGAGUUCUCUGUGUGACAUCCAUGUCUUUCCCAUGUUGAUAAAACUAAUGGUAACAAAGUUAUAAGAUCUCUGCCAAAUACUGUUUAAUUUUGGUGGUCUAGCCCCCUCCUUUCGUGUAUGUUAAUAAGGUUAAUCCCCAGGAAGAACCCAUUCACACACAAAUUCUCAAGAAGCUCAGGCAAUCUGCAUUCAGAUCUCACAUGCUUUACAAUUGCAUGUAGUUUUUUCAAUUGCUAGGUAUGUUUCUUUGAAUUGUCUUUUAUUUUUAGGAAUGUUUAUUUAUUCUGAUCAUACUCACUAAAAUCAGUUGGGUUAAAAAUGACCCAACACAUAGCCCAAUGGUGGGUUGAUAUAGCACUGACCCAUUGUUGGGUUAUUUUAACCCAAUGCAUUGGGUAGCAUGUUUUAUCCAAUAAAUUGGGUUAUAAAAUAACUAAUUUGUUGGGUUUUAUUUUUGGGACGGCCAAAAUGUUGC